CAAGGCUGCGGCGACCAGGGCGAGAUCAGGGAGAGGGAUCUCGAGCCUCUCUCCCCACAGAGAUCCCUCCUGAGAUUAGGACCCUCACAUUUAUAACAUUGAAUCUCUCCCGUCUCUGUGAGGCGCCGAGACUGCGGUGGAAGUGGCGGUGUGGGGGGACGUGUGUGUGUGAGAGAGCUCGGAGUUGGCAACGUGAGGCGAGCGCUCGUUUCUGACACGCCGCAAAAUGUAGCCGCGCCGUGAGGGGAGCCAACUUUCGCGCCAACUCCGUCCACUCGGCUUCUGGCGGCGACCCGCCGCCUCUCUCCUUCUCUCGACUUUGGCGCGCUUAAUCGCCCGCGGCAUUUGCUGGCCUCCGCUCUUUUCGGAGGGGCGACCGGCGCCGCCCGCUCGCGCGCCUCCUCCUCCCGCCUUUUCUUCCUCAGUUACUCGGCCUCCUCCUCCUCCUCUCCACUCCGGCGGAGGGAAGGCGGGAGGAGACCCCGAGGCAUCUGGGCUGGGCCCAGGGCACAGUGGGGAGGGCACACGGGGUGCGGAAUGGCAACGGCAGCAGCAGGAGAGAAACCUGUUCCUCGCUCGUUUCUGAGGGGAGCCGCGCACGUCUUUUUGACGCCGCGCGGCGAGGGCGGCGAGAGGCUUCCUUUCUGCGGGUGACUCAGCUCCCUCACAAAAUGAAGGAGGUUUUCUGGGAAGGAACGUGCGGCGCGCGAGAGCGGGGAACGGGAGAGCCGCUUUGGAAAGAGAGACAGCGGCGGGCUGGAGGCUCCCGCCGCCGCCGCUAUGUCUGACUCAGACAUGAUUCCGCGCUUCCUCUGAGGCGAGAGGGGGCUCCCCUCCUUUUGGCGCGCGACUGGCGCGGCGGCAACAGCUGCGGGCGCUCGAGCUCGCUCGCGCCCUCGCUGGUUGGCCGGCGAGCCUCCCAAGCCCCGCCUCCGUGGACCCCGCCGGAGACCCUGGGUUUGUCAGAUCUGCAGCAUCAGCGAGAAAAGAGGCGACUUGGCGCAGACUCAGUGCGCAUCGCCGCAGUCCCGAAACUUGCAAUGCGCUUAACGCGGGAGAACAAGCGCAAUUGGAACAUGCCCUGGAACUGGGCUUGCAAGAAGGCUGGCUGGCUGGCUAGCUGGCGACGCGAGUUCCCUCGAAAUCGAUGGCGAUCCGGGAUCGGUUCUUGCUUCGGCCAGGCGCGCUGCUUGGUGCACACUGCGGUCUCAUGGGCGGGGAACGCGCUCCGUCCCUGUCCAAAGGAACAGAGUCUCCCUUUCCAACUGCAGCCUCGCUCGCAUUGCAACGGUUUUCUCUCUCUCUGUCUCUGCUCUCCACCCCGCCGCCGGCUCUCUCGUCUGCUCUUUCCUACAGCCUCGUCAGCUUCCGCAUCCUUUCUUCGGCCGACUGCCUCCCCUGCACACGAUCUCCCCAGCGUUUGCAGGCUCGCCCCCCAUCCUUUCAAGUAUUCCCACUACCCGCCUCUCCUAGUCUUUCAGCGUACUGUAUCCCCCUUUUUGCAGACUAUUUCCAGGAAACCUCUCCACUCUCCCUCCCUGCCUCCAGUCUUCCCCAGAACGCUUCCCACAAUUCCUCUCUUGCAGUGCAUCCACCUCUCUCUCCUCCUCCCCUUGGCAAAUAUCUGUUUCGCACACAUUCAUAUUCUCUCUCUCUCUCUCUCUCUCUCUCUCUCUCUCUCUCUCCUCUCCUUGUCCCCAAUUCUCUUCUCUGGGACCGCUCUUCGCAUGCUGUCCCUCUCUCUUUCUCUCCGUCCGCUCUGCAAUGCCUUCCUUGCGCAGGAGCGCAGCAAGCUCCUUCUCGCGGGGUUGUUGACGCAUCUGUCGGAGAGCGCCAGGGACGGCGGGCCACCCGCUCCUCUCCUUCCUCUGCCAGGCAAGAUUGCGGGAAGGCGGCGUGGGAAACGGGCACCGCGGAGGCGCUGCUUUUGCGCCACGUGCCUGGGCUUAAGUAUCGCGGGAGGAGGGGGAAAGGAGAGGCAGGAGACCCGGGUACGCGCGAUCUCUCUCCGGAUCGUGCGGCGAUCGCCUCCCUGUUGAGUUGGGAAAGGCUCUCCGCGCUCAUUGCAGUGCUCCGUGUGAGCCCCCGUUUCUUGGGCGCUUUAGGAAUCCAAACGGGGGAGCGCAGAGAAUAGCGACUAUCUCGCAUGCCCAAGAAUAUCAAUGGGGCUCGCUGAGGCCCCCAGAUUUUACGCUAAAUGCGGGAUUCCCACGGCGAGGUGAUGGGUCUCAUGUUCAUGUGUCCUCGUCUCUUCCUUUCCUUUAACUUCCUGGCAACCCUCGGCAAUGUUUCCUCAUCGGGUAGUUCCUGAGUUUUGCAGCCGACAUACCUUUCCAUCAGAGAUGGUGGAAAUGGUAGGCUGAUUUAUUUACGGUGCCAGGCCUCUGCAUGUCUACUCAGAGGUAAGCCCCGGUGCAGUCAAUGGUAUAUACUCCCAAGUAAGCGUGCAAGGUAAGCAACCUAACUGAUGCGAUUUCCCAUCUUCUCCUCCUACACUAGAUGGAGCGAGACGUCUCCAUAAGAGUCCCCAAGGUUUUUUUUUUUUAAUAUAUAUACUAUAGUCAUAUUAGGCUCUAAAAUUUGAGAAGGAAAAACAGAUCCGGGGAAAUACGCGCGCGCACACACACAUCCUUACACCUGCAAAGAUGUCGAGGUUUGGGGCUUUUUUUCCGGCGAGGGGAGGGAGGGUGAGGGGGACAUUUUUAAAGCCACCAUUCCCGCGGCCACAUACACAGGUAGAUCAGAUUCUCCAAACAGGAUUUCGGAAGGGGUCACGUGGAUUACGAUGAUACUGUAAGGAAAAGGUUAAAUGCAGUGUGAACACGAUAGUCGAUCAUUUGCUUGUGUGUGUGUGUUUGUGUGUGUGUGUGUGUUGCGGGGUGGUGGAAAGAAGUAGCGAAUAGUUUAAGCGGUUUGACGGCAUGGAGAAAUGUAACUCGACAACUCCACCAAGGGACAAACGCGGGAAAUGACACCAGAAGCAGCACCAAAUCUGAUGACCUUUUCAUCCGUUAAAAGCAUCCUGCUGGGUUUUUGCGCUUGUGUGGCUUGAUCGCCCUGGCUGCUCUCUCUCUCUGAGACUGUUCAUCCCCCCCCCCCCCGCAAAAAAACCCCUCCACUUUAAGUUUUAGACGAAAUAGAUUAACCGCUGUGUAAUUACAGCAAAGGGCUUAGGAGAAGUCUGCCCUCCAUUCAGACACACAGAAUUCAUUGGAACAAGGCUUGAUAUACAGUCACAAUUAUUAAGGCAAGGUGGGGAGAAGUAUUCAUCCCAUAGCGGUACAGUGGUACCUCUAGUUACGAACUUAAUUCAUUCCAGAGCUCCGUUCUUAACCUGAAACUGUUCUUAACUAGGGGCGUGCUUUCGCUAAUGGGGCCACCGACACAUUACUUCAUCUGAAGAGGCUAAAUAAGGAAACGACAGACUUCCUUUUAAUCACUAAGAGCCUCUCACUUUGGUGGUGAUUCGGCUGAGUUUGAGCAGAGCAAGUCAGCUUAAAAUUUGAAGGAUAUUCUUAGAGCCUCUUUUCAGUGCCCAGAAUUUGUGAAGUAGGAAAGUGCACAUUUCCCCCUUCCUGUUGCAUAAGAUGGUCCCACACAAUUGGUACAAGGGCUUUCUUCACAUAAUAGGGUGUGAUUUGUAGGUCGGGUUCAGCCCAGAAAUGAAUUUAUACCUUCCUUUCAAAAAUGUUGCCCCCCCCCCACUCUGUAAAACUAAUGCUGUUGUACUUUAAGCAAUAUACAGAAAGAAAUGCCCCCGUACUGAAUUCCAUGCUAAAAAGUGUCUUCAUAUUCUCUGUUUUUGUGUGGCAGGCUCCUGCUUUAAGUAAUAAUACAGCAGAUCAAAGAAAAAAAGUGAAACAGCCCAAUUUAGAAAGCAGAGGCCUUGUUUAAAAUUAGAUAGGUUUUCCUCCUCAAGCUUUUUUUUUAAAGAUGAAUAAAUUGAUUGAUAAAUAAAUAAAAGUUGCUGCUUGAUUGUCAGAACUGAGUAUCACAGUUAGACUAUGUACAUGGUUAAUUAAGGUUUUACAUCUGUAGGGCAACAUUUGAACUUGUCUCAUUAAAAGGAAUAAAGUGGAUGUUGCAUCCACAGAUGAUCUGAUUGCCCUUUCGAAUUCUUCAGUUGAUGGAGAGUUCUCAGGCACCCAGAGCAAAACGAAAGACAUGGGCAUAUAGAUCUGAGGCUGGCAUCCUGUAGUGCACACACUUGGGAAUAAGUUCAACUGAACACACACAGCGUUUAUAAGACUAAGCUGUGCAUUAUUCUCAGCAGCCUUGUGAGAAUUUCUGUUGCAAUAUUUUGCAAACAAAAAUAUUUUGGGUCUGUGCAAAUUUGAAGAUUUUUUCCCUUCAGGAUAAAUGCACCCUAUUGUUAUAUUAAUCACAUAUCUAAAAUGUGGGGCAAACAGCUUUUAAUCAGCAAGUUACAUUUCUGAAAAGGGAUAGUUCUGACAGCAGCUAUGUACAUCCAGGAUCUGGGUAAUCACCAAAUAAUAACCUAACACAGACAGCGUGUCUAUCUGUUAAACGGUUCAGAGAAACUCUUAAGAUGCCAAACCUCCAUUUCUGUUGAAACGUUGUCAUACCAAAGUGUUAAAUAAGCUUAUGAUUUCCUAAGGAAAGCCAUAAACCCACCUAAUGGUUUGCUUUGUAGACCCCUCUUUCAGUAUUAAUUUUAAAAGAUGCAUCCUCCAAUCCUGUUUUGUGUACAGGAAUUACUUUCCAGAAACGUGGUCCAGGAUCGAAGAGUUCUAUUUCUGUACAGUGCAUGGUGGCUUAGUCACUUCAGUAAUAACAGUAUGCUGAGAACUUGUGCCCCACCCCAUCCCCAAAUGCCUGCUUGCUGUCACAUCUUUCCCUUCAACACUUAUUCCGUCUCAUUUCUUUCUAUAUACCUUAUUGAGUGAACCCCUUACUUUGUAUUUCCAACAGACACAAAGCCUAAACUCCAUAGGACAUAUAUUCUUUUCUGUACCUCCCCAUCCUUCUCCUCUUUCUUCCUCCUCUCAGUUGCCUGUACUGUUAUAAUUAAACCAGAUUUCCUCA